AUGUCAACAGUUACUACGACGACGAGGCGCAGCCGAAAGGCCACCGUCAGCAAGGUCCCCUCAGCACCCAUCAAGCUCGCAGAGGGACCCGUGUACCCUGACAUUCAGACUAUCCGCGAUGCUAUCCCCGCCCACUGCUUUGUGCCCUCGACCUGGGUCUCCAUGGGCUAUGUGGCCCGCGACUUGACCAUGGCCGCGGUGUUGGGGUGGGCUGCGCUGACCUACAUCCCGCAAAUCGAGAACUUUGCCUGGCGCGUGGCGGCCUGGACGGUGUACGGGUACGUCCAGGGCCUGAUCGGCACGGGUAUCUGGAUCCUGGCGCACGAGGCCGGCCACGGCGCCUUCUCGGUGCAUCGCCGGCUCAACGACGUUGUCGGAUGGACGCUGCACUCGGCCUUGCUAGUGCCCUACUUCAGCUGGAAAUUCUCGCACCACCGCCACCACCGCUUCACCGGCCACAUGGAGAAGGACAUGGCCUUUGUACCCGCUACCAAGGCCGACCGCUCCAAGCGCCGCCUCGCCAACCUGUAUCUCGACCAGGAGCUGUUUGAAGAUGUGCCGGCCGUUCAGCUCGUCAAGCUCAUCGCCCACCAACUCGCUGGCUGGCCGGCGUAUCUCCUGUUCAACGUCUCAGCGGGUCGGGCUAGCCAGCAGCGCGAGGGCAGCUGGUGGCGCCUGAGCCACUUUGAGCCUACCAGUGCCGUCUUCCGUCCGGGCGAGGCCUUUUACGUGGCCCUGACUGACCUCGGGCUUGCGCUGAUGGCUAGCCUGCUCUACUUUGCUUCGACCAUUGUGGGGUGGAAGACCGUCUUUCUCAUGUACGGCGUGCCGUACUUCUGGGUUCACCACUGGUUGGUGGCCAUCACCUACCUCCACCACACGCACCCCGACGUCCACCACUUCGAGGCUGACAGCUGGACCUUUGUCAAGGGCGCGCUCGCCACGGUCGACCGCGACUUUGGUUUUGUCGGCCGCCACCUCUUCCACGGCAUCAUCGACACCCACGUCGUCCACCACCUGUUUCCGCGCAUCCCCUUCUACAAAGCCGAGGAAGCCACCGAGGCCAUCAAGCCGCUGCUAGGAAACCUGUACCACCGUGAGGAGCGCUCCUUUCUCGGCCAGUUGUGGUCGACCUUUACACAGUGCCGAUAUGUCGAGGCAGACCCCGCCGCGCCGGGCGCGCUGAAGUGGGCCGAGAAGACGAGGAAAUAG